UGGUUUCCUCUCAGUGCAUACUGGUUUUGGGCGCGCUAGGCUUGUUUACCGAAAAAUGCGGUCACGUAGGCUAUUGUCGACUUCAAAAGGAGAAAAGUUGGAAGGCACCUUCCUCGGUAGUAUCGACAGUGUUAAUUGUUAUUCUUGAAGCUCCACCUCCACAUUUUAUGUUAAUUUCAACGUUAUUCUGCGCUGCGUGUGGGACUGCUUUGUAGCCUAUCUGCGGCGGUCCAAUGUAAAUAGCCUUGGACAGCCACUAACUACACUGAGGGUAAACGGUGUUUGGAGAGAACGAAAUCGUGAUUAUCUGAUUAUGGUAUGUUGACAGCCAAGGAGCGCAUGUCUGUGAAUAUUUUAUCUAACAAAACCAGAGAAGAGGAACUCACCUUGUAUUCAAACAUGGGAGGUCAGAUAACAAGACAUACCUUGUACGAUUCUCUGGGUGGCCCCUUCCCCACCACAUCCCACCGCUAUCACCAUAAGCCCACCAAGCAAUGUCUGCCCGUCCUGCAGUGUGGGAGCAGCCUGUCCUCUUUUCCCCUGCUCUUCCACCCCAGUGCCAAGGGCUCCCAGAUCAUCAUGGACGUGGCCCAGAGGACCGUCAAGAGGCAGGCCAGCUUCUGCAAUGCCAUCACCUUCAGCAACCGGUCCAUUGCCCUGUACGAGCAGGUCCGCCUCAAGAUCACUAAGAAGCAGUGCUGCUGGAGCGGAGCCCUGCGUCUGGGCUUCACCUCCAAGGACCCGUCCCGCAUCAACCCAGACAACCUGCCCAAGUAUGCCUGCCCAGAUCUGGUCUCCCAGAAUGGCUUCUGGGCCAAGGCCCUGCCCGAGGAGCUGUCCAAUGAGGGUAAUGUCAUCUCCUUCUGGGUGGACAAGAAGGGUCGUGUGUUUUACCGCAUCAAUGGCUCCAGCCCCAUGCUGUUCUUCAGCGGGGUCCAUGCCUCCGAGACACUCUGGGCUCUCAUAGAUGUCUACGGACUGACACGAGGGGUCCAGCUACUGGACAGUGAGAUGGUGCCUCUAGAAUGCCUGCGUCCUCGCUCCUUCACCACCGCCCACAGAGCAUCGCUACGGCGGGACCCAGAUGACCUUUCUAUUAGCCUGUGUGACCUCAGCCUCCAGCAGCAGGAGCAGGAAGAAGAGGAGCGCCUUCACCCCCUCAGCUCCACCUCUUGUUCCAUCCCCCAGAACUCCCUCAACUCCCAGCAGUGCUCCCUGCUCCCCUCGCUCCUCGACAGCGAUCUCCACUUCCACCCGCUCCGAGGUGCCCACAUCAAGGCCCUCGAUGAGCACACGGUGUCCCGGGGCGUGGAGCAUCGCAGCGGUGAUGAGAGGACCUUGGUGUUCACCAGCCGGCCCCUGCGUUGCGGAGAGAGCGUGUUCGUGAAAGUGACUAAGACGGGUGCCACACGUCUCGGUUCACUCUCCUAUGGCGUGACGUCGUGCGACCCGGCUUGGCUUCGUCCGAGUGACCUACCAUACAGCCCGGAGUCCCUGGUCGACCGCAAGGAAUUCUGGGCGGUGUGUCGGGUGGGGGCACCCCUGCAGAGUGGUGACAUCCUGGGUUUCGUGGUGAACGUGGAGGGGGAGGUGUUUCUGAGCCACAAUGGAAUCAACGCAGGGAUGCAGGUGUGUGUGGACAACUCCAGACCUCUGUGGAUGUUCUUCGGUCUGCAUGGAGCCGUCACACAACUCAAGAUCCUAGGCUCGUCUCUGAAUGCAGACCCUCGGGGACUGUCAAUUCCCAGCUCCCCCAACACCCCCACUCUGCGUUGCAGCGUCAGCUCCGAGCCCAACUUCAACUCCAACCUGAACAUCAACCUCAACACCAGCCUCAACGCCAGCAACCCACCAGCCUUCAGCAGCUCCACAGGUACGAGCCCCAGCUCGCCAUUCUCCAGCCACUCGGAAUCCCCCACCUUCCCAUCAUGCUCUGGCUCGUGGAGUGACGAGUGCACCAUCUGCUAUGAGAACGUGGUGGACACGGUGCUGUACGCCUGUGGUCACAUGUGUCUCUGCUACGCCUGUGGCCUCAAACUGAAGAAGAUGGCCAAUGCCAGCUGCCCGAUCUGCAGGAGGACAAUCAAAGACAUUAUAAAGACCUACCGGAGCACGUAGGAUCUGCCUGGCUGUGUAACAUCAAGGCUCAUUCAUCAAAGAAACCAUUGAGACGUAUUGGAGCAUGUACGUUUGGCCUGACUGUCUCAAUAUUGCUCAGCAACAUUAUGAGAUUCAGCAUCAUGCAGUUGGACCAUCAAAGAUAUCAGAAAAACAUGUUGGGAUAUGAAUACAUUGUAAAGAUUAACAGGAAGAGGUAAUGCUGGCCUCCAGUGUGUCACUGUGGCCCAGCUACUGGAUUGGGUUCAUUCACCAUGGAGCUGGACUUAACCAGGAGGGAUCUGGCUCACUCUCUGCAGAACAAUCAUCAUUCAUUACACUGAUGAUAUCAUUGCUACUAGGAUGUUUCAGAGACAUGAAUCUCUCCAGAGCCUUGAAGGCAGCAAGGGGAAUUAUCUAUCUAUGGUUUUAUCAGGACCUAUCAUUCAGAAUGUUGCAGUUAUAAAUGUAUUGUACAGCACAGACAUUCAAUAUCAUGAAAGAUGGAGAAUUGUGUCUGUUAGGGCUGUGACAGUCAUUGAAUUUUGGAUAACGGUAUUUGGCCAGCCAAAUGACCGCGGUCACCAUAAUGACAAAUUUAGACUGACAUUUUAUCCACCGCCCAUGAUUGCAUGUGCUCUCACAUAAUUGAAUGAAUUGAACGGGCUUCGCCAUUCAUGUCAGUGAUGACAUAAUAGGUGGACGGGCAGCCAUUGUGAGUGUACCAAUAGGAGCAAAGCAGGAAGUAAAAUAUGUGCUGUGAUUUGUUGAUUCAACUGAACUGACAUUACAUGAGCCACAUCAGUUAACAUAAUUUAAAUGAACAUUCUGCAUUACCAUGAAAAUUAUUGCAUCCCAAUACCAGGCAGUCAUUGCGAGUAGUGUACCCAUGAGUUCACCAGUCAAAUUGCCAGGGUUUAAGGUUACAAGCCCAUUAUAUUCCUUCUAUGUCUAUGUGUCCUGCUGCUGCAUUGUGGGGGGUGUUGCCUAGGCAACCAAAGACUAAUUUGCUUGUUUCAGCAAGUUGUUAAGAGUCCACGUUACAUCCGAAACGGACUCAACCGCAUGAAUGCCCUUCCGUCCCAUUUUCAGUCAGCAGUUCGUUAUGACAGUUAUUUUAUUUUCAUAACGGUCUUCAUACAUAUCUGUCAGUUAUACAGUAAUUGUGGCAGCCCAAGUGUCUGUACAAUUCAUUUCCAUCUGUGACACUCUGAAUGUUCCGCCUGGUUGAAUAAUAAUGUUACCCUUUGGACAAGUGACUCAUGAAUGAAGAGGACAUGCAGUUUUUAGUUUGUUUGGUUGGAGAAGAAAGUGAAAGAUAUUGCCAUGACUAAGGGAUGGUGUAAUCAGAGGAAGUAUUUUACCCGUGAAAAGUAAGGAAUAUAGUAAUUAGCUGUGUGCCUAUGUUGCAUGAAUAAUCCCUUACAUGCAAUUCUCUACCCAGUCUCAAAGACACUGUAGGGAAGAUCACAUGCAGGCAAAAAUGUGAGAAUACAGUCAGCUGGUCACCAUAGAAUGUUAUAGAUUCAAGAUGGAUAUAAAUCUAUGUGGAUAGAGCAGGGGUGUCAAACUCAUUUUGCCCCGCGGGCCGCAUUCGGUUUUCAACAAGGUCCGGAUGGCUCCACUGAAAAUGUGUUAUUUCCUUACCAUCUUUUGGAAUUUUCAAUGCUCCUUGACUGUCUAGCUUUAAUUUAGAUGAUUAUUAGCGAACUGGACACAGUAAAAAAAACAACUGUAUGAAUGUAGAUUCAUUAUCAUUUAUACACAGUUUCUAUUUGUUAUAUUGAGUUUGUCCUGUCCAUCUGUCCCCCCCUCCCCCAACAUGUUUUGUUACUCAAACAACCUGCGGGCUGGAUUGGAUCCCCCAUGGGCUGUAUGUUUGACAUCCCUGGGAUAGAGGAUGUUCUGUGUAUAGUGAGGGAGACGUGACCAUAGACUUCGUUACACAGUGUAGGGGCACUUUGGUCCUGUAUGUGUGUGUCUGCACAAUGUUCAGUGCACAGAAACCCUUAGCAAAGACGCAUCAUAUAUACGCAACAUAUAUCAAAGCUCUAACUGUCUGAAGGGUCGUAAAAUGCUGACUCUAUUGUAUACAGCCAUCUUCCUGACUAUCUUCUAACUAUCUCUGGUUAAUUAUUGUGCCAUUUCCUGGGUGUAUUGGAAGUAAUCGCAGGUUGAAGUUUAUUGGGAUGAGUCUUGUCCAUCAGGCAGAACUAAGCGAUUUCCACUAGAUGGGAAAACUCCAAAGUCAAAAUGGGCUAUACUGUAAAAAUUCAUGAACACAAAACUGUGACCCACCACCUUGUAAAAAAAUUGUGUUUUUUACAUUGGUAGAGACUCAGAGCUAAAAAGGUUUUAUAUCAUACACUGCAGUUGAGGAACAAUGGGAAAGUAAUUGUGCUUUGAAAGUCGAUGAACUUGUAUCCCCACUUUUGAGAAAAUAGCCUUAGAUUAUUUUGGUACACCUACUGGAGAGCUCUUCUAUGUCUACACCCAUUCAGCAUCAUUCACACACUCCUAAGCCUUAGCCCCACCCAUCUCU